UGAAUUGUGGAGGGGAUCCGGAUCCGGAUUGAUGGAUGUAAGAAAUCUCAGAUUGCUCUUGUUUAAUUAUUUACUUUUAUCUCAGGUUCAGGAUGAGAAGCAGCAAGGAUUGUCUGAUGAAGACAUACAUGCAGAAGUGGACACGUUUAUGUUUGAGGGACAUGACACGACAGCCAGUGGCAUCUCUUUUAUCCUCUACUGUUUGGCCUGCAACCCAGAACAUCAGAAGAUUUGCAGGGACGAGAUCAGUGAGGUCCUGAAUGGCAAGAACACCAUGGAGUGGGUUCCUUUUAUUGUUGAGGGCCCCAGUGGAUGGACAAGGCAAAAGGGUUAUCCCUGUAUCAACAAGCAGUGGCAGAUGUAUGGUUACAUUCGAGAGGUGGGGAUGGACUCGUCGUUUGAGACUGGGAACAGUUCCAUCCGGUUGUGGAUGAGUCAGUGCAUGGCUCAUGCUCCCAGACUUGACUCUUCCACUUCUUCCUCAUCUUCCUUCAUCCACCCAAUCCCUUCAGUCAUGUGCCAGCAGGGUGAAGAGCAGGGGGCUAAGCACACAGCCUUGGUGGGCCCCUGUGCUCACUGUGAUGCUGCUUCAAAUGUUGUUGCCAACACAUACUACUUGAGGCCUCUGACUAAGGAAGUCCAGAAGCCAGUUGCAGAGGGAGGUUGGCACUCGCUGUUCUCAAGCCAGAUUCAUCUGAAGGCUUUGUCUCUGGCCCUCAGCAGCCUGAGGACGUCAUCUGUCGGCCAGGGCUUCCAGUUAACCCAAGUCUUUGAUUCACUGCGUUUUCUGUCCGAGCGUGUUUCCUCCAGGUCACCUCAUGCCUUUGUUCCAUUUUCUGCAGGUCCAAGGAACUGCAUAGGUCAGAACUUUGCCAUGAAUGAGAUGAAAGUGGUGAUUGCACUGACACUGAAGAGAUAUGAGCUGAUAGAGGACCCCACGAGGAAACCCAAAAUUGUUGCCAGACUGGUGCUUCGCUCGCUCAACGGCAUCCACAUCAAAAUUAAACCUGUGGAACCACAAGGGGAGUAACUGUAGCAAACACGGCAAGAAUACAAAAUCCAUUUGUUAUAAUCAGGGAGAACAUUGUGCAAUAUCUUUACUUGUUGCAGUGAGAUUUUUUUAUGCUAAUGUAGAAUUACGUAGUGUUUUAAUCAUGAUUGUGGAACUAUUUUAUUUUUUUAAACCUGUUGAUUAGCCAUGUUUGAAGAACCAAUAUUGUACAUACUGUAUCAAUUUGAAAUAUUGUUGUAAAUGUGUUAUUUCAAAUAUGAAAUUUUCAGAUUCUAAUAAACAAUGUA